AUGAAAAGUCUGAAUUUACACAUUUAUCGUCCACGUCUUUUGAAAGCUCUCAACGAAGACGAUUUCGAUCGCCAAAUCGAAUUCAUCGAAUGGAUUCAAAUCAUGUCUCAGGUCGAUACUGAUUUCCUACGAUGGAUUUUAUGGACAGAUGAGGCAAUUUUCAAAACGAAUGGAUUAAUAAAUCGUCAUAAUUGCGUUUACUACGAUUUUGAGAACCCAAAUGUCAUAAUUACUCAAGAAUUAAACGCUCCAGGCGUCUAUGUGUGGGCUGGCAUCUAUUCUUACACCAUAAUCAGUCCUUACUUUUAUGGCGGCUUGGUAAACGGUCCCAAAUACCUCGAAACGCUUGAAGAAGUCAAGAUCAAACUUGACAACAAAGAUAUCUUCCGUGGUAAGCGAAUUAUCUGGCAACUAGAUGGAGCCCCAUUCCAUUAUGCGGUUGUGGUUCGUGAUUUUUUGAAUAAAAACUUUAACGGGUGGAUUGGUCGCCGUUGGACGACGGAAUGGCCCCCAAGAUCACCCGAUCUCACACCUUGUGAUUUCAGCAUGUGA